GUUUGCAACAGCGCACGGGAGCAUGACCACACGCCGAGAGGCUUUCUGAAAAAGAUACAAAACUUCUAUUUGACAAACUCUCUCAAUUGAAAGUUUCUCCACAAGACUAUAAGCUAACCGCAUCAUUCUCUCUGGAGUUCGAUGAGCAUCCCUAACUCUGGAGACUCGUCUAGGACUAAUUCAGUUAGUGAUUUUGCCAAAACUCGAACCCCAGGCGCCAGAACAGAAACUAUCACAUCUCGUCCCACCUCAACACGCCAUCAAUCAAGACAACAAAGUUUGAACCAGUACACGCUGGACAGGGACUUUGAGGACACGUUGAAUGUUGCAUUAGAAAACAUCGACUCAAACCCAUUUAUAGACAGAAGUGUCCACCAAGCAACGGACAAUACAGACGCAUAUUCACUCAAAAGCCUGAAUAAAAUGAACUCGCACUCUUAUGGUUAUGGACUCGAUGAUGGCGAUAUCCCUUUGAUCCCAUCCAAUGACUCCAAUUCUGACCCUCACAGUUCUCGUCCCUCCUCUAAGGCUGAUUCGAGAACCAUUUGGAGCAAAGGAGUCCAAUCUCUGAUUCAUUCAUCUAACCGACUCGUCCUGGGAUCAGGAAGCAAGAAAAAAGGUAUUCAACUGCCUUCGGAAGACUCAACCAGCUACAACAUUAAUGUCGGCGAUGAGCGCACAAUCAUACCUCACAUGGAUGGCGGUUACUCGUCCAAUGCGGUUUCGAAUGCUAAAUACAAUGCGCUCUCGUUCUUCCCGAUGAUCCUUUACGAGCAGUUCAAAUUCUUUUUCAACCUGUAUUUCCUGCUCGUUGCUCUCUCCCAGGCCAUUCCUGCUCUUCGGAUCGGCUAUUUAUCUUCUUAUAUUGUUCCGCUAGCAUUUGUGUUGACGGUGACGAUGUUGAAAGAGGCCAUUGACGACAUACAGAGACGUCGCAGAGACAUGGAGCAAAAUAAUGAGCUUUAUGAGGUUCUCGGGUCCAUGAAAAAAGUGCCCGCAAAAAACCUCAAAUGCGGAGACCUGGUCAAGCUGUACAAAGACAGGAGAGUGCCCGCAGAUAUGAUACUUCUCCAGUCAUCUGAAUCCAACGGUGAGUCUUUCAUUAAAACAGACCAACUUGACGGUGAAACCGACUGGAAGCUGAGACUUGCUUGUCCUUUAACUCAAACGCUUUCUGAAGAUGAUCUAGAACUCAUCAAGGUUACUGUAUCCCCACCAUCGAAACACAUCCACUCUUUUUUGGGCAAGCUCACGUUCGGCGAUCACACCUCUGCAUUGAACAUUGAUAACACCAUGUGGGCAAACACCGUUCUUGCUUCCGGAACUGCAAUAGGUUUUGUUGUUUACACCGGCAAAGAUACACGUCAAUCAAUGAAUACCUCAGUUGCAGGUGUCAAAACAGGCUUGCUGGAACUGGAGAUCAACAAUCUAUCCAAAAUUCUGUGUGCGUGCGUUUUCAUAUUGUCGUUUGUGCUGGUUGCAUGUCAAGGUUUUGCAAGCGAUUGGUAUGUGGAUGUGAUGCGCUUCUUGAUCUUGUUUUCCACAAUCAUUCCGGUUUCGCUAAGAGUGAACCUUGAUUUAGGAAAAUCUGUUUAUGCCUACCAAAUCGAGCACGACAAAUCAAUCCCGGAAACUGUGGUCCGCACCAGCACCAUUCCCGAAGACCUCGGGCGCAUUGAGUAUCUGUUGAGCGAUAAGACAGGCACUUUGACCCAAAACGAUAUGGAGCUGAAGAAGCUGCACUUGGGAACAGUCUCCUAUGCAGGAGACAGUAUGGAUCUGGUUGCAGAUUACGUACGCAACGCGAAUGAGCACGCCAAAACAUCACGGCGGGAUCUUGGCUCAAGAAUUAGAGACUUGAUUACUACGUUAGCGAUCUGUCAUAAUGUCACUCCUACAUACGAAGAUGGAGAGCUUGACUAUCAGGCUGCUUCUCCUGACGAGAUUGCCAUUGUCAAGUACACAAAAAGCGUUGGACUAUCUCUGGUCAAACGUGAUCGCACUAGCCUCUCCAUUUUGCACGAAGCCACCAACAAGACCUACGAGUACGAUAUUCUUCAAGUUUUCCCAUUCAGUUCAGAGACUAAGAGAAUGGGAAUUAUUGUGCAUGACAAAAACCGGGAGGAGCUCUGGUUUUUGGAAAAGGGUGCAGACACCGUGAUGAGCAAGAUUGUGCAACAGAAUGAUUGGCUGGAAGAAGAAACAGGAAACAUGGCACGGGAAGGCUUGCGCACUUUAGUUAUCGCCCGCAAAAGACUCACCACCAAUGUCUACGAGGAAUUCAAGGCCAAAUACCAAGACGCAAGCUUGUCCAUGCUGAAUAGAGACCAGGCUAUGUCCAAGGUACUUGCACAGUAUCUGGAACGUGACUUGGAAUUGCUUGGACUCACAGGCGUGGAAGAUAAGUUGCAGAAGGAUGUCAAGGCAUCGAUUGAGCUUUUGAGAAACGCUGGCGUCAAGAUCUGGAUGCUCACAGGUGACAAGGUUGAGACUGCUCGUUGUGUUGCCGUGAGCGCAAAGCUGAUUUCAAGAGGCCAAUACAUCCAUACCAUCACUAAGCUGAGCCGCCCUGAAUACGCUUUACAACAAAUCGAAUAUCUUCGCACAAACAAAGAUGCAUGCUUAUUGAUUGACGGAGAGUCACUGGGCGUGUAUCUGACAUAUUACAGACAGGAAUUUUUCGACAUCGUUGUUCAUUUACCGGCUGUGGUAGCCUGCCGUUGUUCGCCCCAGCAAAAGGCUGACGUUGCUUUGUUGAUUCGCGAUGCCACCAAGAAGAGAGUCUGCUGUAUUGGUGAUGGAGGUAACGAUGUCAGUAUGAUCCAGUGUGCCGACGUGGGUGUCGGAAUUGUUGGAAAGGAGGGCAAACAGGCGUCGCUGGCUGCUGAUUUCUCAGUUACACAAUUCUGCCACCUGACAAAGCUGCUUCUUUGGCAUGGCAGAAACUCUUACAAGCGCAGCGCGAAAUUGGCACAGUUUGUGAUCCACAGAGGCCUCAUCAUUUCGGUGUGUCAGGCAGUUUACUCUAUCAGUUCCUCGUUCGAACCUCUUGCACUUUACCAAGGAUUUCUCAUGGUUGGUUAUGCGACUUGUUACACCAUGGCUCCCGUUUUUUCUCUAGUUUUGGACUCUGAUGUCAGUGAGACCCUAGUGUCGUUGUACCCAGAGCUGUACAAAGAGCUGACUGCUGGACGCUCGCUGUCAUACCGCACGUUUUUCGUUUGGGUAUUUGUGUCCCUAUACCAGGGAAUAGUCAUCCAGGGGUCCUCUCAAACUUAUGUCGGACUGAGCACAGACGUAUUUACCAAAAUGGUGGCUAUCAGUUUUACUGCAUUGGUGUUGAAUGAGCUGGCCAUGGUUGCAAUUGAGAUCAACAAAUGGAAUAAAGUGAUGAUGUUCAGCGAGAUCAUUACUCUGGCGAUCUACAUCGGGUCUAUUCCUUUCUUGUCUGAUUACUACGAUAUGAAUUAUGUGAAGAGCGUCUCGUUCCUGUGGCAGACGUGCUCUAUUUUGGCCAUAUCAUUGCUUCCUAUUUGGGCAGCAAAGGCCAUCAAUAGAAAACUGAGACCGCCAAACUAUGCCAAAGUGCAGCAAGCAUAGAUGUUUUACUGUGCAUCAUCUUCUUCUUCUUCUUCUUCAUCACUCUCGUCCUCCUCUUUCCAUUGCUUAGAGGUCUUCCUUCUCUGGAAGUCUUUGAUGUGUGCGCUAUUGAGCAUCUUGGAGAUUUGACCGAUAACAGUGUUUCUGCGAAGAGAUUCAGCGGCAGCUUCGUCUUCGCGUUCUGCUUCUGCUGCAGUUGGCUCGCUAGGAGCUGCGGUCUUUCUAAUAAUUAUAGGAUAGGGUAACGGCAAUUCCCUCGAUGCUCUGGCAAGAUGAACGUUUGUCGCGUGCUCGUUCUCCAUUCUGAAGAAUAUCCAGAUGAAACGUCUAAUGAUCUCUGCAAGCGCAAUGAAAAAACUAGUCACUGCUGAUUGUUGGAUCUGUGUCUUGAAGAAAGCAUAGAAGAUCCACUGAAAUCGCAGAAUAACAUCCGUCACCAUGGCCGUAUAGUAAUACCAUUUAUUCUCAAAGAUCAGAUGAUCUCUAAGUAGGAAAUUAUGUGAGUCAAAUUGUAGCAGCGACCAGUCCAUGAAGAUAUCCCACAUGGAGGAGUACACAGAGUUGAUUGUCGCGAAUGUGAUCAAUAAUGCCCUGUAUUUGGUGACGGUCUCGAUACGGUACAGACUCAGGGACAUGUAGUAGAGAAUCGAGCCGGUAUACUUUGCCAUGUUGGCCAAAUGUGGAAACCACUCGCCAGUAUCUGCAUAUCUCCUGAAACACUGCAAAAAUCUCCAAAUGCUUGGCAAAGUUGACAGAAAUCCAAGUAGUCUGGAUCUUGAAGACCCGCACUUUGUCGUUCCUGAACCGUCCAAGCACCCAUGCCAGUGAGUAGCAUACAGACAGAAAAACAUCGACAAGUUGGAAAUCGAGUACGUUAGGGAGCAAAAAACGUCUCCCAGAAAAAAGUCUCUAAAUUCCACAGGGUACAGUCCUGAAAGGAUAAGCCUGAAAAUUGAAGAAAGCAGCCAUGUGCGAGAAUUCAGAAACAAGAUGUCGAGUGGACACACAAGAAGGAGUGCACAGAUUCCAAGAUAGAUCCAUGGCCAAUUUCUGCCAUCAAAUGUAUCGCUCCAGAAAUUCUCAAAACUGAACCAGGCUAAAAUGGACCCGAGAAAGAAGAAGACCGAAGACAUGGCAAAAUACUGACGGUAGUCCAGAGCAUCUCUUGGGUUGAAUUCAAAGAUGAACUUGUAAUUCACUUUGUAUAUGCUCCAGACGUAGCAAUUAAUGGAAAAUAGCAGGCCUAUCAGGCAGCAAAAAAAGAAGCCACCCCAGAUCUGCAAUAAAUACCUUGCUUCUGGCAGCUCACCUGUCUUCAUCUUAUGCAAUGCCAAAUAAA